UGAUUUUGCAAAACAAUUUCACUUCUGGUAGUUAGUGAGCGGCUGCCAAUGUAAUACAAAGCUGAUUAAAGAGGCUGAACAACUUUUCAUGGUGUUUAGCGUUACGUGCAUUGGGCAUUUAUGGAUCGGGGGCUGAGGUUGGAACGACGGAACCUGCUCAGCAAACUUUGUUAACCCAGGCUUCAGAGUUUGGACAAAGGAAAUUCGAAUUCAUUGAAAUUCAUUGAGGACGAAUUGUAUUUCAUUGCAACGCAAAGUGAAGUGGACAUACAGAACAGAUAAUAGCUGACUGCUACUCGUAGAUACAAGAUAGACGCCGAUAAUUGGGAUAGCUCGUAUUUGAUAGAGACAGAAAAUGUGGUCUAUGGGCGUCCCUAUUCACUGGACACUUGUCCGCCUGUAACGAAUAUUAUGUGAUAAACAUACAACAAGGCACCAACUACCCAGCCAUCAGUCGGCGAUAUUAUCCGACAGCAUGCGCUUUCAACUGUCUUCCAUUCUUUCUGCCGCUUGAUGCCUACAUAUUUCCUCCAUAUGCCUGGCAUGAAAUCAUUCGAUGACACGCCGCCUCACAGUCUAACAGAGACGUGUGUGCUGUUUUCCGUGGGAGGGCGGGAGCGGUGGGCUGGCGAGGGCUAACCCGUUGGCCACUGAUGCCACCCACCGAACCCGCCGGCGCCUGCCUGACACAGACCGACAUUAGCUGCCUACUGACCAUCGACGUCGAUCAACAAACGCUCCCCUAUUUAGUGAUUGGCAUAACUUGCCCCAGUGCUAACAUACGUGCGUAGACUUUUGUCAGUCGCGCGGGGAAUCGGCGAGCUCUGUGCGUCUCGGCAGUUGGGAGUUGUCGCUGUGCCAACUGCUCACUGAUCAAAUUCUGAACUGAGCAGUCAGCUCACUGACCAAAGUCUGAACUGAGCAGUCAGAUCACCUCUCGUAAUGAGGCAUCACAAACCACUGUGAAUGCUCAGAGUUUGACAUUUUUUCUAGCAAAUAAUGUGGGUGCGAUGUCGAUGCAACUUUUCGUUGUGGCUUACUGAAAUAGCCUAGUCAUGCGUUCUACGCCGUGCAAAAUAAAUCAGCAUGGGCAAUAGUAUCUUCACCUUACGUUAGAAUGCGCUGCUCUGCUUCUUCUUGAGCAUUCCUUUCCUUGUUUUCCUGCUGAACCGAUCUGUUGUUUAGAACUUGUUCUUUUGCUUAUGAGAAUGCAUGCAAAUCAAUGCAAAUUUAGGCCAUUGUCUGGCGUGAAUACUGAUAGUUCAACUGCUCUGAAGACUUUCAACGCAAAAUAUGUUUUAGUCCAAUGUCCAUUUGUCAAAAUGUUGACCUCUUGAUCUGUCAAGUCUGUAUUGAAGCGUGCGCUAGUAACAACGGUUUCCAUUAGCAGGCAUAUAUAUUCAAUUAUUCGAGAUAUACAUAUACGGUAGGCUCUAGAUGCCAUAAUAGUCUUUUCGCCCUCUUGCACCACCAGCAGAGGACUAUGUUUUAGCUAUGUUAGGCAGGGCAUGUUGUCAAUCACUUUUUCUUCUACAGAAGCUUCUAUCAGCUUCGGGAUGCUCGCGCGGAGGCCGGGGAAAGCCACGGCAGUGAGCGGCGUACAGAGCGCGCUGUGAUCCGUCCAGGUCUCUCGAGUUGAUCUGGAGACAGUUAAGUGUAUCCUGGGCUCCCUCGACUGCGGCCUCUCUGCCAGCUCUCUUCAAAAGAAGCUCUCGUUCUUAUCCGUCCCAUGAGUACCUUACUUGUCUAGUGUCGGGACCGACCUUGCGAAUAUUCAUUGUCAUUCGUGACCUGGCACAGGCACAGGUAAGUUCGAUUGGAUUCAUUAAAAAAGAAUGAGAAGUGAAAUUUCCAUGGUCAUCGUUCGGUGAGUUGCUUUGCCAUUGCCUCGUGAAUCCGUCUCACCAGUUGGUACAUGCACCGUCUCGACCUCGGUGCAUAUCGCCCUGCGCCGCCGCCGGCCCCCAGUGACGCCGCCGCCCGCCCGCCCGGGACACAGGGCUGCUUCGGCCCAGUGCUGAGCCUGACGGCCUGCUCGCGCCCCCAGGAGCGCUACCGAGCCGCCUCGCUCGGUUACGAGGACCCCAUCAACCCAACGUUCGAGGCCACCUCGGAGAUGUACGAGCGCUGUCUGCUGGAGACGCUGCGGCGCAUCCAGCACUACAAGAAGUACGGCCAGCCGCGCAAGCUGGCCAUCAUGGUGGCCAGCCACAACGAGGACACGGUCCGCUUCACCGUCCAAAAGAUGGACGAGCUGGACAUCAAGCGCGAGGACAAGGUGGUCUGUUUCGGCCAGCUGCUCGGCAUGUGCGACCACGUGUCGUUCCCGCUAGGCCAGGCGGGCUACUCGGUCUACAAGUACGUGCCGUACGGGCCGAUCGACGAGGUGCUGCCCUACCUGUCGCGGCGCGCGCAGGAGAACAAGGGCAUCCUCACCAAGGUGGCCAAGGAGCGCAAGAUGCUGAGGAGCGAGCUGCUGCGCCGGCUGGUCUCCGGCCAGCUGUUCUACAAGCCGGUGGGAAACUACACACCGGUGUGAGCGCAGCGCCGCCGCGCCGCCCGUACAGGCACUACUAGUUGCAUUCGACACCGGCAGCCGGCGCUGCCGUCGAAGUGGCUGUGAUGCUUUGGAAUCAAUGGAAUUCAGGAAUACUCGUGGCGCGCGUCGCGCAAUAGAGGUUCACUUGCGCGUGCAGUUUCUCGUAUAUUAUGUGACGUCAUUGUCUGUAUGUUCAUAUGUUUAUUUAUGAUCGCAUUACUUGUACAGCCAGUCACUUGCCAGCUGAUUAAUGGCCUCGGUAGAGAAUGCGGGUCGAAAUCUUUGAUGUGAUGAAUGUCGGCAUAAGCGCGGCUCCCCCAGUGUCUGUGACAUUGUCGAUUGCUUGCACUAGCCGGGUAGCCCGUUUCUAGCUUUAUGGCUGGAGAAUUAGCUACGUUACACGCCGGGGUCGCUCGGCGGCGCGGGCGCCUCGGCUGCUGUGCCGUGUAGACCGCACCCAUGUGCUUAGCCUGGCGCAUAGCCGGCCCGCCGGCCGCCGGUGCCCUGUCACGGGCCGAGGUCAGCCCCCCAGGCGGCGGCAUUUCUGUAGAUAUGAAUAUAUCGUAUAUCGAGUG